AUGGAGAGUCCCUGUCCAGUCCUGGGUCUCAAAGUGAAGACCAGUGGCGGCCCGGACAGGAUCCUUCGGUCUUCAGUCCGAGCAGAGAGCGAGUGUCCUACAGAAGUGUGUGUUACUUUGAUGGUUUUCCGCGGAACAGGAGCCUCCAGAGAACAGAGCGAGGACAAAGGGCAGAGGACAGCCGUGGUGUUGGACAAAGGGCAGAGGACAGCCGUGGUGGUAGACAAAGGGCAGAGGACAGCCGUGGUGGUGGACAAAGGGCAGAGGACAGCCGUGGUGGUAGACAAAGGGCAGAGGACAGCCGUGGUGGUGGACAAAGGGCAGAGGACAGCCGUGGUGGUGGACAAAGGGCAGAGGACAGCCGUGGUGGUGGACAAAGGGCAGAGGACAGCCGUGGUGGUGGACAAAGGGCAGAGGACAGCCAUGGUGGUGGACAAAGGGCAGAGGACAGCCGUGGUGGUGGACAAAGGGCAGAGGACAGCCGUGGUGGUAGACAAAGGGCAGAGGACAGCCGUGGUGGUGGACAAAGGGCAGAGGACAGCCGUGGUGGUGGACAAAGGGCAGAGGACAGCCGUGGUGGUGGACAAAGGGCAGAGGACAGCCGUGGUGGUAGACAAAGGGCAGAGGACAGCCGUGGUGUUGGACAAAGGGCAGAGGACAGCCGUGGUGGUAGACAAAGGGCAGAGGACAGCCGUGGUGGUGGACAAAGGGCAGAGGACAGCCGUGGUGGUGGACAAAGGGCAGAGGACAGCCGUGGUGGUGGACAAAGGGCAGAGGACAGCCGUGGUGGUGGACAAAGGGCAGAGGACAGCCGUGGUGGUGGACAAAGGGCAGAGGACAGCCGUGGUGGUGGACAAAGGGCAGAGGACAGCCGUGGUGGUGGACAAAGGGCAGAGGACAGCCGUGGUGGUGGACAAAGGGCAGAGGACAGCCGUGGUGGUGGACAAAGGGCAGAGGACAGCCGUGGUGGUGGACAAAGGGCAGAGGACAGCCGUGGUGGUGGACAAAGGGCAGAGGACAGCCGUGGUGGUGGACAAAGGGCAGAGGACAGCCGUGGUGGUGGACAAAGGGCAGAGGACAGCCGUGGUGGUGGACAAAGGGCAGAGGACAGCCGUGGUGGUAGACAAAGGGCAGAGGACAGCCGUGGUGGUGGACAAAGGGCAGAGGACAGCCGUGGUGGUGGACAAAGGGCAGAGGACAGCCGUGGUGGUGGACAAAGGGCAGAGGACAGCCGUGGUGGUGGACAAAGGGCAGAGGACAGCCGUGGUGGUGGACAAAGGGCAGAGGACAGCCGUGGUGGUGGACAAAGGGCAGAGGACAGCCGUGGUGGUGGACAAAGGGCAGAGGACAGCCGUGGUGGUGGACAAAGGGCAGAGGACAGCCGUGGUGGUAGACAAAGGGCCCGCUCUGGUCGACAUGGGGAAAGUUUACAGACAAACAAACCAAGAGAAUCUGGAACAAGCUUUUACCAUCGCAGAGAGAGAGCUGGGAGUCACACGACUGCUGGACCCUGAAGAUGUGGAUGUGCCUCAUCCUGAUGAGAAGUCCAUUAUCACGUAUGUGUCGUCUCUGUACGACGCCGUUCCCAGAGUCCCCGGCGCCGAGGACGGCGUGCGAGCUAACGAGUUGGAGUUGCGCUGGCAGCAGUAUUGCGAGCUGCUGACCACACUGCAGCAGUGGAUGCGACAUCACAUCCUGGUGUUUGAGGAGAAGAAGUUUCCCUCCAGCUACGAGGAGAUCGAGGUUUUGUGGCGACAGUUUUUAAAGUUCAAAGAAACCGAGCUCCCGGCGAAAGAGUCCGACAAGAACAGGUCAAAGGUCAUCUUCAAGUCCUUUGAAGAGGCAGUGCAGGCAGGACAGCUGAAGGUACCGCCCAGUUUCCACCCGUUUGACGUAGAGAAGGAGUGGGGGCGCCUCCAUGUGGCCAUCCUGGAGAGAGAACGCCUCCUGAGGAUCGAGUUUGAGCGGCUGGAGAGACUUCAGAGAAUCGUGGGUAAAGUCCAGAUGGAGUCGGGCGUGUGUGAGGAGCAGCUGCAGCAGGUGGAGGCGCUGUUGCAGCAGGAUGUGAGGUCGAUGAGCGCUGGGAGACCGCCUCAGCAUUCUGCGGAGGUGGAGGCCGACCUGGAGAAGGCCGAAGGAAUGAUCCGACUGCUCUUCAAUGAUGUGCAGCUGCUGAAAGACGGGCGCCACCUACAGGCCGAACAGAUGUACCGCAGGGUCUAUCGUCUCCACGAGCGCCUCGUCAACCUCCGCAGCGAACACAACCUGCGCCUCAAGUCCGGGGUCACCCUCACCCAGAUCCCCAUGACCCAGAUCCACAUGGGACAGGCCCAGAUGACCCAGGCCCAGAUGGCCCAGGCCCAGAUGGCCCAGGCCCAGAUGGCCCAGGCCCAGAUGACCCAGGCCCAGAUGGCCCAGGCCCAGAUGACCCAGGCCCAGAUGACCCAGGCCCAGAUGACCCAGGCCCAGAUGACCCAGGCCCAGAUGCAGCAGGCCUCCGGGACCAGGGUGCGUCCCGAGCUGGAUGAGGUCACCCUGCGAUACAUCCAGGACCUGCUGGGCUGGGUGGAGGAGAACCAGAGGCGUGUGGACCAGGGCGAAUGGGGGUCUGACCUGCCCGAGGUGGAGUCCCAGCUGGGCAGUCACCGCGGCCUGCACCAGUCCAUCGAAGAGUUCAGGGCCAAAGUCGAGAGAGCCAAAGCAGACGAGAGUCAGAUUUCUGCAGUGAGUAAAGCUGCGUACCGUGAGUUUCUGAGUAAACUGGAGACGCAGUACGGAAAGCUGCAGAGCGCCUCCAAGUGGCGGCUGCGGUCCCUGACGGAACUCCACGCCUUCGUCACCGCGGCGACCAAAGAACUGAUGUGGCUGAACGAGAAAGAGGAAGAGGAGGUGAACUACGACUGGAGCGACCGCAACAGCAACAUGACGACGAAGAAGGACAACUACUCUGGGCUGAUGAGAGACUUGGAGCUCAGGGAGAAGAAGGUGAACGGGGUCCAGGCCUCAGGAGACAAACUGCUGCGAGACGGACAUCCAGCCAAAAGAACCAUCGAGGCCUUCACUGCGGGUCUUCAGACUCAGUGGAGUUGGAUUCUGCAGCUGUGCUGCUGCGUCGAGACUCACCUCAAAGAGAACACGGCUUAUUUCCAGUUUUUCUCGGAUGUGAAAGAGGCUGAGAACAGGUUGAAGAAGACGCAGGAGACGAUGAAGAGGAAAUACACGUGUGAACGAUCUGUGACCGUGACGAGGCUCGAGGACCUGCUGCAGGACGCCGCCGAUGAGAAGGAGCAGAUGGCAGAGUUCCAGACCCACAUCGAGGGACUGAAGCGCAGAGCCAAGACUGUGGUGCAGCUCAAACCCCGGAACCCUGCAGCGGCCCCUAGGGGCCAGCAGCCGGUACAGGCCGUGUGCGACUUCAAACAGAUGGAGAUCACGGUGCACCGAGGAGACGAGCUCGCUCUGGUCAAUAACUCGCAGCCGUUUCAGUGGAAAGUCCUGAACGAUAAAGGCAGCGAGGCCCUGGUCCCAUCCAUCUGCUUCCUGGUUCCACCGACCAAUAAGGACGCAGUGAACUCUGUCGCCGGAGUGGACUACAAACAUGUGCGGGGCCUCGUCGCUCACGGUUACGGAUGCACCAAUCAGAGGCAGCGAUCCUCGGGGCUUCAGGCUCUUUCCCUGUUCAUUCACAAAGUACUGCAGCAGCCCCUGAUCCACGUCCAGGACAAAGUACCUGCAGCAGAGGAGGAGGAGGAGGAGGAAGAAGAGGAAGAAGAGGAGGAGGAGGAAGAGGAGGAGGAGGAGGAGGAGGAAGAAGAGGAAGAAGAGGAAGAGGAAGAGGAGGAGGAGGAGGAGGAAGAGGAAGAAGAGGAAGAGGAGGAGGAGGAGGAGGAGGAAGAAGAGGAAGAGGAAGAGGAAGAAGAGGAAGAGGAAUUGAGGGUUAGUCCAAAAGGAUCCGGACAAACAUCUGCACUGAAGCAUGACUGUAAAAAGUGUGAUAUGGGACGACUGUGA